AUGGAUCAGCACAAGUAUCGCACGGCAGGCGUCCAGGAGAAGCUGGAGAUCGUCGGCGUGGAGGACGAGUCCGGGAACCCCAUCAGUGCCCUGACCAUCCUGUCUCUGCUGGAGCGCGUGGCCGGCAUCAUCGACAACGUCCAGUCCUGCCAGCAGCGCAUGGAGGAGCGUCAGCUGGACCUGGAGAACAACAUCAAGACCAUCCAGGGCGACGUCCUGAAACUGGCCAAGGACCACACCGACACCAGCGGCACGGUGGAGAAGCUCCUGCAGAAGACCCGCAAGGUCAGCGCCAAUGUCAAAGAGGUGCGGGCGCGCGUGGAGAAGCAAAACCUUCGUGUCAAGAAGGUUGAAUCCACGCAGGACGAGCUGCUCACCCGCAACAAGUUCCGCGUUGUCAUCUAUCAGGGUGAGACCGAGAUCCCGUCACUGGCCGUCACUAAGUCUACCAAAGGAUCCGGCCUGGACGGGCUGGAGAUCGAGCCGGACUCCUACGACGUCCCCGUGGACCUCUCCUCCGACGAGGAGUACCUGAGCGUGGAGGAGGCCGACCCCUCGCGAGCCGCCCGCAUCAAGAAAUCCAUGGCAAAGAGCACGGAGACCCUGAAGGCCGCCUUCUCCAAGGAAAACAUGAGCAAAACCAAAGGCAACCUGGGCACCAAGUUCCACCACCUAGGCGAGAAGGUCAUGCCGCCGGAGCGGAGGGACAAGAUGCACCAGGCCGGCGAGCGGCUGAAGCAGUCCGGCGAGCGGCUGAAGGAGAACAUCGCCAAGAAAGCGCCGAACAAGGAGACCUUCCGCAUCAAGCUGAAGAAGGAGAGAGCCGUCGGCGAGGGCCAGGAGGGCGCCGAGGCAGAGCUCCACAACCAGGCGCCGGUGGAGGAGAAGCCGGUGGCCUACACCGAGGUCGCCAUGGAAACCAAGAGGGAGGGGCCCGUGGAGGAGGCCGGCGCCACCCGGAUAGGAGAAGAGGAUUACAGGAAGUAG